AUGGGAGAUUCAAUAUCGCCCCUGGGAGCCAUUACCUUGCCUCUGACUGUGGGGACCCCGCCGAGAUCGAAGACCAUAAUGACCACUUUCCUGGUGGUCGACCAUCCCACCGCUUACAAUGCCAUACUAGGUCGACCGACCCUCAACAAGGUCAGAGCCGUCGUCUCAACCUACUACCAGACCGUCAAAUUCCUGACUCGCGAGGGGGUCGGGGAAGUCACCGGAAGCCCCCGAGAGUCCAGGCGCUGCUACCUUACCUCCGUCUCAUUAGGCAAGAGAACCAGGGCCGAGGCGCCCUUGGAAGAUCCACAGGAAGCGAAGAAACUGGCUCCUCAUCCCGAGCCGAGGGGAUCCACUGUUGACGUUCCUUUGCAGGAAGCGCGGCCGAACCAAACGGUUAGGGUCGGAUCGGAACUACCCGAACGGGAACGGGAACAGCUCGUCGGUCUUCUGCGGGAAAAUGUCGACAUCUUCGCCUGGUCCCCAUCGGACAUGGGGGGGGUCGACCCAGAGGUCGCGGAGCAUCAUCUCAAUAUCCCACCUGACGCUCGCCCAGUGAAGCAAAAGCCCCGGCGCCACGCCCCUGACCAACAACGCGGCAUACAAGAGGAGGUGGACCGACUCUUAGCGGUAGGCUUCAUAGAAGAAGCCAAGUAUCCUCAGUGGUUGUCCAAUAUCGACCAGCUAGUCGACGCGACGGCGGGGCAUGCACGCCUCUCUUUCAUGGACGCCUAUUCAGGGUACAACCAGAUCAAGAUGGCGCUCGAAGAUAGAGAACAUACGGCUUUCCUCACCGAUCAAGGGAUAUACUUCUACAAGGUCAUGCCGUUCGGGUUAAAAAAUGCCGGGGCCACAUACCAGAGGACGGUAAACAAGAUGUUUGCCCAUCAAAUCGGCAGAAACAUGGAAGUCUACGUGGACGACAUGAUUGUGAAAAGCCGAGAGGCCGGAACGCACCUUGCCGACCUGGCCGAGGCCUUCGCCACGCUGCGCAAGUUCGGCAUGCGGCUCAACCCCACAAAGUGCGCUUUCGGCGUCACCUCCGGGAAGUUCCUAGGAUUCAUUCGAUUCAACGGAAGACUUGUCGCCCUGUCCCGCUUCCUCGCCCGAUCGGGCGAUCGCUGCCUCCCGUUCUUCAAGGCGCUCAAAAACCCGAAGAAUUUCCAAUGGACAUUGGAAUGCGAGGAGGCUUUAAAGCAGAUAAAGCAGCACCUGGCCAGCCUCCCUCGGCUCGCCUCUGUCUCCCCCGGCGAGAAGCUGGGACUCUACCUAGCAGCCUCCCCGCAUGCGGUCAGCUCCGUCCUUGUCAAGGAAAGCUCCGGCCCGCAACUCCCGAUCUACUACGUCAGCCACGUCCUGAGUGGACCUGAAGAGCGCUACCCGCCGAUAGAAAAACUCGCACUCGCCCUGAUGCUCUCGGCUCGGAAGUUGCGCCCUUACUUCCAGGCGCACCCGGUGGAAGUCAUCACCGACCAGCCUCUCCGGCAGGUCUUAACAAAAUUCGAUGUUGCAGGUCGGCUCCUCCGAUGGGCGGUGGAGCUCGGUGAACAUGAUAUCAGUUACGUACCCAGGACCGCCAUGAAGGCCCAGGCGGUAGCCGACUUCGUCGCGGAGUUAGCUCCGAUGGACAGAGAUCCCGAGCAAACCCCCGAGGCUUGGAUCCUACACGUGGACGGCUCGUUCAACUCGAGUGGUGCCGGAGCGGGGCUGGUCCUCCUCGCCCCUGACGGACGCUCGUUCGAGCGUUCCCUCCGCUUCAGGUUUAAAGCCACUAAUAACGAGGCGGAAUACGAGGCACUCCUAGCGGGAUUGAGGCUGGCCCUUGAGAUGCAGGUGGACGCAAUACAUGUCCUCACCGACUCGCAACUUGUGGCCAAACAGCUCAGCGGUGGAUAUGAAGCUCGGGACGCAACCAUGGCCAAAUACCUGGCACGGGUAAGAGACCUAACCGCGAGAUUCCCUUACUUUACAUUAUCUAAUGUUCCGAGGGAGGAAAACGAGCGAGCCGAUGCGCUCGCUAAGCUGGCGUCAAGACAAACCCCCGAAGCGUGGCCAGAGAUUGAGGAGCUCCCCGCUCGUGCCAUCGAAGUAGCGACUAUGGCCCCAGGCGGUGCGCCGACCACGUGGGUGCAAGAGUUGCUGCGCUUCAAGCGGGAUGGAACUCUCCCCCUCGACGAAGUCGCAGCUCGGCGUCUGCGCCGCACACACGCGUGGUACGCCGAGGAGAGUGGUCGCCUUUACAAACGGUCCUUCACCCAUCCCCUCCUGCGAUGCUCGGAGCCUGACGAAGCACGGACAGUCCUGGCCGAAACUCACGAGGGGGUCUGCGGCGAACACAUCGGCGGACGAACCUUGGCGCACAAGAUACUCCGCCAAGGCUACUACUGGCCAACCAUGUGCCGAGAUGCGAAAGCCUACGUUCAGCGGGCCAUUAUCACCGACAACGGACCUCAGUUCGUAGGCACAUGGUUCCGGGAAUUCUGCGCCGGUCAUGGCAUUCAACUAAGGUUCAGCUCGGUGGCCCACCCUCAGAUGAACGGGUUGGCCGAGGUAACCAACAAGUCCAUCUUAGAUGGCCUCAAAAGAAGAGUGUCUGCGGCCCGAUCGACCUGGACGGACGAGCUCCCCAGUGUGUUAUGGUCGCUGCGCACCACUCCCAAGACUACGACCGGAGAAUCCCCGUACAGCUUGACGUUCGGAACCGAGGCCAUCCUACCACCCGAGAUGGCUAUCGCCACGCUUCGAACGAGGAGCUACGACGAGGAAGCCUCGAACCAGGGACUUCGCGCCAGCCUCGACAUGCUCGAGGAGCGACGCACCGACGCGCACCUGAAGGCCCUCUCUCACCAGAGAGCCGUCGCCAGGGUCUACAACAGAAAGGUACAACCCCGACCGAUCAAGUUAGGCGAUCUAGUCCUACGAAGGGCCGAGGUCAGCGACCCGACCCGAACGAGGGGGAAGCUGGCCCCCAAGUGGGAGGGACCAUAUCGGGUCGCCGGCGUGGUCCAACCGGGUACGUAUCGGCUCACAGCGAUGGACGGUUCCUCCUUGCCGAGAACGUGGAACAUCCAGAACCUUAAAAAGUUCUUUGUCUGA